UUUAUCUAUCGAUGUUUCUUUUGGACGAUUUACAACACUGUUUGGAAUAUAAAUUCUACGCUUCUGAAUUUUGUUUUUAAACCAGGAUCCACUCCAGAAAUGAAUUAAAGCUGAAUAAUGAGCGAGGAAGUUGGGGCUCUUGGGACUGAGGAGAACCCAAUGGUUCUCACCACAUCGAACAGGAACGCCGACUCCCAGAUUGUUUUGAAUGAUAUGCUGCUCUUGGAACAAAUAUGCAAAUACCCGUUUCUGAUAAAAUGCCAGGAUGCAGACUACAUAUCCUGGGGUUGGAAUGAGGUUGCGAAGAACUUCAAUGUUGCCUAUAAAGACGUUCCACUAAUUACUCAGUUUACGGCAGAGGAGCUCCAGUGGCGGUGGGACCUUCUCAAGCCCUUUGUGCCCACGCUAGUCAAGGCUAGGGGAGACGUGCCGGAGCUCCUUUGGCCGCUUGUGGUCAAGCUUGAUAAAUACCUAUCAUCUUCAUCCGAAAACAACAAUCCAAAGACGAAAUGUCAGCAGUUGAUUCUAUCUCAGUUACCAUUACUUAAAAAACUGUCGCCAUUAAAGCGGAGCCAAUUGGAAAUGGAAGUUCUGGACAUUAUACUUCAGCAGGAACUUGCAGUUAAAGCCACCCAAUCGUUUGGAGCCAAACAACAGAAGACUGUGGAGAGGGAGUAUGAAGAGUUUUUGAAAACCAUAAGGGUAAAGGAGUUGCCGAACAACAUACUGACGCAGAUAAUACCAAAGGUGGACCCAUCCAAUAAAAUGGGCCUGGUCAUCACCCAGGUAUUUAGUACGUCUUCCAAGGAAGAGAUUCCAUCUACCAGCAAGGCCAAGGUCAAACCGGAGCCGAUUGAAAGUCCCGUCCGCUCGCAAAAGCCCAAGGAGUCGCCGGCAUCUGGUAGCCGGUCAUCUUCUAGAAAAUCAACUCAAAAGACUGCAUCCUCCCCUCAAUUUGUGCCCAUAAAAAGCGCCAAGUACUACAUUAAACCAGUACGAGUACGUUUGAAACGCCUGGAUUUGGACGACUAUAUUUCAUUGGCCGCCAUGCGAAGAUACAGUCGCCAUUCACAAAAAGAUUGACCUGGGAUUUGUAUCAAAUGCACAUAAGUUUAUUAAAAAAUACAUUACUAUAAAUUACAACUUAA